UCAAGUUCAAUUUUGGUUUGGUUGGUUGAAAUGUCGCCUACUUUGAUUACAACAAGAACAUUACGAGUUUUAUGUGGUUGUAGUAGAUUGCCGGUGAUAGCAUCACCAAGUAAUAAAUUCCGCCCCUUUUGUUAUCCAUACUCAGUCGAUCGCAAACAAGUGCCGAAGAAAAUGGCAGCUGAGAAGGCACUACCUCAGAUAUUUCAGUACGUCGAUCAGAAUGUUGAAUCAUAUAAAAGCCUUCUAAAAGAGGCUGUUGCAAUUCCAUCGGUUUCAAGUGACGCUAAGCACCGCGAUGACUGUGUCCGUAUGGUAGAGUGGAUGCAGAAUAAGUUGAAAGAAGUCGGUGCGUCGACUGAACUUAGGGAUAUUGGCUUCCAAACACUUGAGGGUAAGCAAGUGAAACUACCCCCGGUUCUUGUUGCUGUUUUGGGAAAUGAUCCUAAAAAAAACACAAUCUGCAUAUAUGGCCAUUUGGAUGUACAACCAGCCUUAAUGUCAGAUGGUUGGAACUCGGAGCCUUUUGAAUUAGUUGAGAGAGAUGGAAAGUUAUUUGGGAGAGGGUCUACGGAUGACAAAGGGCCAGUGUUGGGUUGGCUACAUGCCAUCAAUGCUUAUAAAAAUGUUGGAUCUGAGUUGCCAGUGAAUUUAAAAUUUAUAUUUGAGUGUAUGGAGGAAUCUAGCUCACAAGGACUUGAUGAGUUGCUCAUGGAAAAGUUAAAGCCUGAAGGUUUCUUUGACACGGUUGACUAUGUGUGCAUUUCGGAUAACUACUGGCUGGGCACCACUAAGCCUUGCAUCACAUAUGGCUUGAGAGGCAUUAGCUAUUACUUUUUGGAAAUUGAGUGUGCCAAAAUGGAUCUGCACAGUGGAGUUUAUGGGGGAACUGUCUAUGAAGCAAUGUCAGAUUUAAUAUAUCUCAUGAACACUCUGGUUGAUAAAGAUGGCAAGAUCCUCAUAACAGAUAUCUACAAAUCUGUUGCUCCAUUGUUAGAGACUGAAAAACAGCUUUACAAUACAAUUGAUUUCGACCCUGAGGCGUACAGAAAGUCCAUAGACGCCUAUAAGCUCCCACACAAUGCUGUUAAAGAACAACUGCUAAUGCACCGCUGGCGGUAUCCCAGUUUAUCUCUCCAUGGCAUUGAAGGUGCUCACCAUCAAGUGGGAGCGAAGACCGUUAUUCCAGGAAAAGUGGUCGGUAAAUUCUCCAUCCGCAUCGUGCCAAACCAGGAGCCCGAGGAGGUCGAAAAAUUAGUGUUUGACUAUGUUAACAAAAAGUGGGCCGAGCGUGGCUCUCCCAACAAGAUGAGCAUCUCAGCGCAGAGCGGCCGCGCCUGGACCGAGGACCCCGACCACCCGCACUACCAGGCCGCCGCCAGGGCCACCAAGCUCAUUUACCAGACUGACCCCGACAUGUCUCGUGAAGGAGGUUCUAUACCCGUAACGAUCACACUGCAAGAGGCCAGCGGCAAGAAUGUGCUACUGCUGCCAAUGGGCGCCGGCGACGAUAUGGCGCACUCGCAGAACGAGAAACUCAACGUGCGCAACUACAUCGAGGGAAUUAAACUUUUUGCUGCCUAUUUUUAUGAAGUUGGGAAACUGCCGAAAUAAAAUUUUGUUUAUAAGAUUAUUACGAAAGAUCGACGUUCAAUAAAGUUAAAACUAUUUUAAUUUUAACAAUAGCAUUUCACAUGAAAUGUUGAUAAGUAUUUUACAUAUUUUGCUGUAUAUUAUUUUACAAUCAUAGUUGUAUAUCAGGGGUUUUUACAUACCACGAUUAGUUACGUGACACAUAACGUCUUAAAAUAUGUUAACAUUCCUUAUUAAGUACAAUACAAUUUAUAUACUUACCGUACCGUAAAAAUAGAUUUUUUUGAAUGAUUUCGAUGUAUAAUAAAUAUGAUACGAUACGAUGACUACAUAUAGUGCCUUAUACGAACAAAGCAUAAUAAAUUGAAGUACUUAUGUUAUGUAAAAAAUACAUUGAAAUAUAUUUUUUUUAUAUUUCGAUAAUUGACUAUGAAACGUCGCGUCAGUUUGUAAUGCAUAAUAAUUUUCAUUUUCUUCGUUGUAUACUUUGUAUUUGAUAUAAUUUUAUUGAAAUAUACAAAUGGUUUACUUA